CACCCAGAUAGAGCACGGGCUCCUUCUGUCCCCCACUUGCUCGCGCCAUGGCGGGCGACUGGUCGGCGAGCGGCCCAAGCUGAUCCAUGUUUGACAGGCCGGCAGUCUACUCGCUGAAGAAUGGAUUCCCUGUUGCCGACUACAGCGGAACCAUGGGCAAGGCGAUCUUUUGGCAGCAUCUCGCGGCUUCGUACCGGUAUUUGCCAGAGAGCUCUGACUUCAUCCAGUGCGCAGCCUCCAGGUGGCGGAAUGACUCAGCAGACUGCAUGCCCGAGGUGGCCAUCCGCCGGUACCAGGCGUAUUGGACCAACCUGCUGCCGGAGGAGUAUGAGGUUUGCUGCCAGCCCUGCAAGGCCGAUCAGUGUGAGGAGCCUGAGAUGCUGGCUCAGCUGCCUCUCUGUGGGUUUCCCUUUGGCUCGGUAGACCACUUGCCCGCCUUCCUGCCCGAGCUGCAGCUGAGCCUGCCCUCAGGCCCUUUGCGCCUGCUACAGGGCAUCACUGACGACGACUUGCACUGCAGCGCCACGCACUGCCGGCUGCGGCCAUUCUUCGUCCACGACUUGGAGACGCGGCUGCUGUGGUCCACUGCCUUGGCCCCUCGCCAGGCGGUGUACCUGGAUCUUCAGCCGGACAUGCAGAACCGGCGCAUCAUCGACCUUGGGGCCGGCAUUGGCCUCACCUGCCUGGUGCUGAUGAGGAGAGGCGCAGAUGUGACCUGCACCGACGUGGACGACGGCGCGCUAGUGGUCAGCUCGACCAACGCAGCGGCGAUGACGGCGGCGCUGAAGAGCACAACGGUGCAUGGCGUUGUGAGGGUGGCGCGCUUCAACUACUCCAGUAGCGUUGCAUCUUGGCGCCGGCAAGGUGUGGUGCCACCCUACGAUGUGGUGGUCAUGGCAGCAGCGCCGCAGGGCGAGCUGCGGAAGAACCUGGCGGUGUGGUCGAAGCUCUUCCGCGAGCUGGGCCAUCCUGGGACGCGGGUUUUCCUGGAGGACCAGGGGAAUCGGAAGCAGCAAGCUUCCGCCCCGCCGGACGCAGAGACGCCCAAGGCCUUUGCCAAGGAGGGUCUAUACUUGGUGGACAUCUUUGAUCCCUUGGAGCGCGGUCUUUGGCCGCUGCCGCAGGGACGUAUUUAUUCGUUCGUGAUUGCUUGA